AAUACGUUUUACAGCACACGCACCGUACAUAACAUUGAAUAAUUACGGCUACCGUCCGGUAACUGUGUUUGCAGAUAUGAUAAAAUGUUGUGAACAAAUCGAUAAGACCGAUAUUGAUUGCGACCAUUUUCAACUGAUUGGAAGCAGUUUAGAUUUGGCAGCACGAGAUUCUAAAAUUAUAACACUUCAUUACCUAAAUAUUUAUUCAUAUAAUCGUCGUGGCGAAUGUGAUGUUCGUGUCAAUAUAAUAUACAACAGAAAUGAACACGUCGAAUCUACAGUCAUUCAAAAGAUUUAUUUUGAUACAACAGUAACACAAGGCAUAAAAUGUGAAUUCCCUGACGAGGAUCGUUUAGAUUAUUGUAAUCCUGUAAAUUGUCAUAUGAAAUAUUCUGGAUAUCGAGGAUUUUUUAGUACAUCAAGACAAAAGUGUGUAAAAAUUCCGACAUGUCAAUCGAAAAAUAAUAAGGAUCAAGCCUAUAUUUGGCUCAACAACCAAUGUGCAGAUCUAAAUCAUAUCAUUACACAAAAAGAUAUUCAAGAAGUAUUAUCUAGGAUAGAAAACAAUAAAAGUGACGAACAAUUCCGAACAUUUGACGAAAUUCAUUCUAUCCAAAUAAUCCGUUGUCACAAUGGAUAUCUAAACAGCAUUACCGAUUUAUGUGAAUGUGAUUUUGGAUGGGAAAGUGAAAAUAAUAUUAAUUGGAAUAAUUUUAUACCGUCUACUAUACCAAUACAAAUGUGUACGAUUCGUAAGCAAAUUUCAAAAAACUACAUUCAGAGCUUAAAAUUUGCUUUAAUACCAAAAAACUGUACAUUCAUAGAACUUAUUUGUUCAUUGCUAAUAAGUUGUGUUAUAAUAAUAUUUAUACAACUUAUUAUUAACUGUUCGUAG